AUGAGGUUUUUAUUUUUACUAUUUUCUUUGAUUUUCAUAACUAUUUCGGCUCAGGUAAGUGGAAGCACAUGUGUUAGAGGUAAAAUAUGUUUCAGGAAUCGGAAGAAGUUUUAAAAAUUUCAAAUGAUACAAUCGAUGCUUCUGGAACUGACAUUGAAACAUCAGAAUCACCCAUUACAUCCACAACAACAGAAAAAUUAACUACAACUACUCAAAAGUCAACACCCCGACCUCCAUCUUUCACUGCCUGGUCAUUCUUCCGUAUGUUUCAAUUAAUAACAAAAUGAAAAUGAAAACUAACCUUUUUCAGUCGGAAUAAUUGUAGCGAUUUUGAUCCUUGGCUUGAUUGGUUUCAUACUUAAUAUUUGGAGACAGCGAAGAGGUCCAAAUGGUGCACAAUAUACCACAUAUCAACAAUCAUCAUGA